GGGAGGGAUAAGAGCGCUGCUGGGGUGAGGUAACCUGGGCCAGUUAGGAAAGUCGACUCAUUGGCCGACCAUCCAAGCCACAGCAGGCAGCUCCUCAACACUCCCUGCCUCUCUCACUAUUCUCACUCGCUUCUCUCACUCACGCCUCAAGAUGCGGUGGUUGGGCGUGGUGGUGUGGGCGGCAGCGGCGGCGUGGGCGGUGCCUGUACCUGGCAGUUACUUCACUGACGAGGCUGCAGGAAGACUUCUACACUACGACGUUCACUCCGGAGACUGUGUCCUCUUCGGUGACAGACGUAUCGUGGACGAGAUAAUGAGGGAGCUGGCAGCGAGUGAGAGUCCCGUAGCGGUGGUGGAGGCUGCGGAACUCACGGCUCUCAUCUCCGCUUGCUACGGUCGAGCAUCACACGACAAGCGUCACCAGCCACCACCCGCUGACAACUUCCCACAUAUUAUAUAUCCCGGAACCAAGUGGUGUGGGACUGGCAACGUGGCAGAGGGUCUAGACGAUCUGGGGCCGCUACGGGAGGUGGACGCCUGCUGCCGUGACCACGAUCUCUGUCCUGACGACCUUGAACCCGGUCAAACCCGUCACAACAUCUCUAACGACUCCCCGUUUACCAUGACGCACUGCGACUGUAACGAGAGCUUCAGAAAGUGUCUGACUGGCGUGGGCAGUGGCGAGGCCAAGGAAGUUGGAUCAGCCUACUUCUCGACAGGUCUUUUUCAGUGUUACCGGCUAGCUAGGCCGGUGAAGGGCUGCAAGCAGUGGGCCGGGCUUCUGACACAGGCUUGCCAGGAGUACGACUACGACACGGAGGGAGAGCCUCGCUGGCAAGUAUUUGACUUGAAGUCCUUCGAGUAGAAGACCUUUUCCCGAGUUCCAGCUCCUGACCUACCAGUGGAACGACUACCACUGCAUCCUGGGAGAAUAGAUCUUACGAAUGAAUUGUGAAAAACAUAAGAAUCGUGAAGGAAUUUGAAAAAUGACGAUGGUCUGAAGGGAAAAUGACCAAGAACUGACGGAAGAAUGACGAGGAAUUGAACGAAGAACGAGUAUCUGCGGAAAAAAAUAAUGGACAUCUAGGCGAAAAAAGUAGCGAAAUUUAAAUGAGAAUGACAGAUAGAGAAAAGUUAAGAGUGCCAAGAAUAUGCACAAAAUUUGAUUAACGAAAUAAAAUAAUAAUAAUAAUAAUAAUAAUAAUAAUAAUAAUAAUAAUAAUAAUAAUAAUAAUAAUAAUAAUAAUAAUAAUAAAAGAAUAAUAAACAGUAAAUGAAAAGAAUGGGGGAGAAAUCAAAAGAAAAUAAUAAAUAAACGAUUGAGAUGCAAAGUGAGAUCGAUAAUACAGAAGGAAAAUAUUUCAGAGAUUAUUCAUUUUGUGUGGGAUGUAAACAAAAAGGUUUGUACCAAUAAAAAAACCCAGUUGAUUUGUUAAUUUAACUUUGCUAGUCAUCUUGGAGGGUCGCGUUCAUGACAGCUUGUGUAGCACACACACACACAUACACACACACACACAUACACACACACACACACACACACACA